AUGAAUGGGCUUAGAUCGGAGUGGAAGGCGGCGAUGUCUACAGUCAAGGCACAUGAUCAGUUCAAGAAUUAUUCUUUGGCAAAUCUUGUUGGAAUCCUGAAGUCACAUGAGAAUGAGGUGACAAAUGAAGCAAAAGUUGUGUCUGGUAUGGGAUCUCUGGCACUUGUUGCGAAGGGUAAGAAAGUAUCAGAAAAUGGUUCAGAAUUUGAUCUUUCUGAUUGUGAGCUUACGAAUGAAGAGUUUGCAUUAAUCGUGUCAAACCCAAGGUUUUAUCAUAGUAUUACUCAAUUGCAUCUUCAUUGUGAGAUUGGUCAAAAACCCCAUAAGAUGAUUUUGCCAUUCCUUGAAUUAAAGGAAGACGAAAUUGAUGCUGAUUGCUAUAAGUGUGAAUCAAUCAUCUCAUCUGAUGAAACUUCAGAAGCUUAUAGGAUUGGACUGGACAAAACUGAAAACAAAAUUAAUGUUGAUAACAAAUCUAAAUUUGAUGAUGACAGUGAUAUGAGCGAAAUAUCUGUAGAGGAUGAGGUUGAUUGCUCAGAGUUUGUUAAAAACGAACCUUGCGUUGCGAAAGUCCCAAUUUCUGAAAAUUCUGUUGAAUUUGCACGUCUUUCUGAAAAUAAUCCAAAUGUUCUAAAAGAAAUUGCGACUGAUCAAACAGUCGAAUUAACGUCCAUAGCUGAAAAAGACAAUGAAGAUGGAAGUGAUGAGCAUUUUUGGUCAACUCCGAUCGACAAUGCUGACGAAAAAGUUGGUCUCUCAGAAAGGACCUCUUGGAGAGUAAAACGAAGAUACGUAGUAGAAUCUUUAAACAAGGUCAAUUCCAGCUACGAGAAAGCAAGUCCCAGUGGAACUAAGAAUGUUCCUAGCGACACAUCUUCUGUGCACAACGAAACUCCAGCAAGAAAGCCAAGAGCGAAAGCUAACUUUGACACUAAAUGGUAUAUCGACAGUGGUUGUUCGCGUCACAUGACAGACAGGAAGGAGGAACUGCGAGAGUAUGGGGAACUGAAGAAUGGUGGAAGAGUAAAGUUUGGGAAUAACUUACUUGGAGAGAUAAAAGGUUAUGGGAUGAUAAAAAAUGACGAAUUCUCAAUUCGUAAAGUUGCUUAUGUCGAGGGUCAAUAA